UCCAAGUGUCUGUUCCCAAACGACGUCGCAAAGCUAAAAUAUCCAGUUAAAAAAAACGGCGGCGUGUAAGUGGCGCUUCAUCUCCUUCUUCCUUCAUAGAAGCAGCUGUAGCAGGAAUUGAGUAAGGUUUUUGCAGAAAGAAGCAAAAAAGAAUGGGGACAUCAGUGCAAGUAACACCACUAAAUGGAGUAUACAACGAGAAUCCCUUAUCAUACUUAAUCUCUAUUGAUAACUUCAAUUUAUUAAUCGAUUGCGGCUGGAAUGACCACUUCGAUCCUUCUCUUCUUCAACCUCUCUCUAGAGUAGCUUCAACAAUAGAUGCUGUACUGUUAUCACAUUCCGAUACGCUUCAUUUAGGCGCAUUGCCUUAUGCUAUGAAACAACUCGGCCUUUCCGCUCCGGUUUAUUCUACUGAACCGGUUUAUCGCUUAGGUCUCUUGACCAUGUAUGAUCAGUAUCUUUCGCGUAAGGCAGUUUCAGAGUUUGAUUUGUUUAGUUUGGAUGAUAUUGAUUCUGCUUUUCAGAAUAUUACUAGGCUUACUUACUCUCAGAAUCAUCAUCUUUCUGGAAAAGGAGAGGGCAUUGUGAUAGCUCCUCAUGUGGCUGGGCACCUACUUGGGGGCACUGUUUGGAAGAUAACAAAGGAUGGUGAAGAUGUUGUUUAUGCUGUUGAUUUCAAUCAUCGUAAAGAAAGGCAUUUGAAUGGAACUGUUUUGGAGUCUUUUGUUCGUCCAGCUGUUCUCAUUACUGAUGCGUAUAAUGCUUUGAGUAAUCAGCCACCUAGACAGCAAAGAGACAAAGAAUUUUUAGAAAAGACUAUUUUAAAGACACUAGAAGCAGGUGGAAACGUAUUACUACCUGUUGAUACUGCUGGGCGAGUGUUGGAGCUUCUCUUAAUAUUGGAACAGUUCUGGGCACAUCGUCUCUUGAACUAUCCCAUAUUCUUUCUUACAUAUGUGUCAUCAAGCACCAUUGACUACGUGAAGAGUUUUUUGGAAUGGAUGAGUGAUUCAAUAGCAAAGUCUUUUGAAACUUCUCGUGACAAUGCUUUUCUUCUGAAGCAUGUGACACUUCUAAUCAACAAGAAUGAACUUGAUAAUGCUCCAAAUGUUCCUAAGGUUGUUCUAGCAUCCAUGGCCAGUUUGGAAGCAGGUUUUUCACAUGACAUAUUUGUUGAAUGGGCCGCAGAUGUCAAGAACCUUGUGCUUUUCACAGAAAGAGGUCAAUUUGGGACAUUAGCUCGCAUGCUUCAGGCUGAUCCGCCCCCAAAAGCUGUCAAAGUUACUAUGUCGAGAAGGGUACCUUUGGUUGGGGAUGAGCUGAUUGCUUAUGAAGAGGAGCAAAAAAGAUUAAAAAAGGAAGAGGAACUGAAUGCUAGUAUGAUCAAAGAGGAGGAAGCAAAGGUAUCUCAUGGACCUGAUAGCAAUUUGAGUGAUCCAAUGAUCAUUGAUGCUAGCAACAAUAAUGCUUCACUAGAUGCAGUUGGUUCGCAAGGGACUGGGUAUCGGGAUAUAUUAUUUGAUGGAUUUGUUCCUCCAUCCACUAGUGUUGCACCAAUGUUUCCAUUCUACGAAAAUACCACUGAGUGGGAUGAUUUUGGUGAAGUCAUUAAUCCUGAUGAUUAUGUAAUUAAGGACGAUGACAUGGACCAACCUAUGCAUGUUGGAGGAGAUAUUGAUGGAAAGUUUGAUGAAGGAUCUGCUAGUUGGAUACUUGAUACAAAGCCUUCUAAAGUGGUGUCCAGUGAAUUGACUGUACAAGUCAAGUGUUCAUUGAUUUACAUGGAUUAUGAGGGUCGUUCUGACGGACGCUCAAUUAAAUCGAUUCUUGCCCAUGUUGCUCCUCUAAAGCUUGUUUUGGUGCACGGAUCAGCCGAAUCAACAGAACAUCUGAAGCAGCACUGCUUAAAACAUGUUUGCCCUCAUGUCUAUGCUCCCCAAAUUGAAGAGACCAUUGAUGUGACCUCCGAUUUGUGUGCUUACAAAGUACAACUUUCUGAGAAGCUGAUGAGUAAUGUGCUCUUUAAAAAGUUAGGAGAUUUUGAAAUAGCCUGGGUUGAUGCUGAGGUAGGGAAAACAGAGAGCGACGCACUAUCUUUACUACCCAUCUCAACUUCAGCUCCCCCACAUAAAUCUGUCCUUGUUGGUGAUCUAAAAAUGGCAGAUUUCAAACAGUUUCUUGCCAGCAAGGGUGUCCAGGUAGAAUUUGCUGGCGGAGCAUUGCGAUGUGGAGAGUAUGUGACUCUUCGUAAAGUUGGGAAUAUCAACCAGAAGGGCGGCGGUUCUGGCACUCAGCAAAUUGUCAUUGAAGGACCCUUGUGCGAAGAUUAUUAUAAGAUCCGCGAGUAUCUAUAUUCACAGUUUUAUUUGCUGUAAUUGAGAUAUCAUACAAUUUCACACUUAUUUUAAAGAAAUAACUCUUCAAGCA